AGAAGCUGCAACUUUAUCUCUGUGAGAGCAAACAGCCGACGGCGAAGAACAUACACACAGUACUGGGAAAACAAUGACCGUAGGAAAGAAUAUGUCCAAAGUUAGUGACAUAUCCCGCGAUGGUGCAUCAUGCAGGACAGAGGAGAGGGGCAAUGAGAAAGGGGACCAGUGUGACAGAGGCAGAUGGUGGAUGGGUACUUUGAAAGAUACGCCCAUCCCUGGGAGUUACCACAUCCGGGACUUCAUUGAGGAGGCUGGCCUGAACCCGGUCCGUAGGACGUAUGGCUUUAAGGGUACGGGGAGAGACACCAAGAUGCAGAUGCGUAAGGGGGACUUACUGCUGCCGGGAGCCUAUUGCUUCACUGAUUCCACCCAGGAGGCCCUCCAAUGCCAGGCCUCCUACUCCUUUAAGAGCUGCCCCCGCCCAAAAAACUACACUCUGGGUAUCCGCGACAAGGAAAUAGACCUUUCACCAUGCCACUACAAUGUGACCCAGAAACCAGUGCCCAAGAUACCCUGCAAACACGUGAUGUUUCGUUCGGCAGUGCAGCGUGCCAGCUUUCUGCCUAGAGAGGGCCCUGCUCCUGGACAUUACAACAUAAGGACGGGCCCGACCAUAGGAGUCACGUCCUGUUUCAGAUCCACUGUGCCCCGUCUUCACAGUGUGCGCUCGAGGACUCCAGGACCGGGGACUUAUGAGCCGUCCUGGCAGAUGGGUCACCGUCUGGGGACUGAGGCCAACAUGGGCAGGGCCCACGGUCUCUUCUUCCGCAAUGUCUUCUAGAUCGUCCAACAGUGUCAUCCAGCCAUCCCUUUUUAUGACUCCCUGGUCCCCCCACUUCUACUGUCUGAUAGAAUGCACGUGGCACUGGGUGAUCAUGUUGCUUAUUUUCUACCUGAGUAAAGAAAAAACCCUGAUUUCGUUGUCAAAUGCACUUGACUACAUUUACCCACAAACGCAUCUCUUACUAUUGCCAGACACAUUGGCCCACCAUUAUCAAAAACAUUUGUUUUACCUUAGUAAAUUUUUAGAGACACUAACCAGGGAAACUAAACAAUAUUAAUCUGCAUUGCAACGCUGGUUGACUAAGGGCUGGAUUCAAUCCGUAGAAGAUCGGCGUUAUAGCGGGAUUGAAAUUUAAAACCAGUGUUUUCACGGUUAAAAACGUCCGAUCUUCGGCACUACGGAUUGAAUCCAGCCCUUUGUACUUCUGCCUACCCCAGUUUGUCUCCCCUCUCUCUCUCUGCUGGCAGCCUGUCUGGCAGGCUGUUGUGCCUCCACACUAUCUGCUGUGUUAUGCACUCGUGAUUGAGGGGGGAAAUGCAGUUCAGUCAUCCAUCACAUGCACAUAGCUGGCAUGCUGCACAUUCAACAUUAGCGGAGCAGCCAGUGUCACACCACGAAAGGGCUAUUCUUAUCACUACCUAUCCUUACUGUCAAUGAAAAAAACUAACACGGGAUAAUGUUGGACUCAGGUUACACUAACAUAGACCAUAGCCUUGAUAGGAAUCAGGCCUGUGGAAUGUAGGCCAUGUAGUUGUUUAAAAAAAAACAUUUUUUUUUUUUUUACAAUAGAUCGUUUCAGUCCUGGAUGCUCCGAUUGUCUGAAACCACAUUACAUUCUCAUCAGAUUGCUAUGAGAUAAAAAAUAAAUAAAAAUAA